CCAAAAGGUAUUCGAGGUUGACUCAAAGAUUGUAUGCCAGAUAUUCAUAAGUACCCAUGUACCGUGCGAUAUGUCGCAAACACCACAAAAACACCCUUUUCCGCACAAGGCCCCGCCUGUCUACUGUUGAUCAUGGUGAAGUGCAACCGCUGGACCCCAAUAUCAUCCGAUUUCCAGUGGCCAGCACCGUCUGUCAUCUAUCCCGAUCCGAUCGUCACCCCCCGAACAGACGCCCCAGGCACACCAUUUCCCUUCCUGUCUCUCCCCCGAGAACUGCGCGACGAAAUCUACGCCUACACCUUCCCACCCUCCGGUCUUCGCUGCCGCUACCAGACCUCUCGCGUACCAACGCGAUGGAGCAACCGAAGCCGCAAACCCGCAUCUUACCUUCUUCUUCUGCUUACGUCGCAUCAAAUCCAUGAUGAGGCCCAGGCGACGCUCUUGCGUACUUGUACUGUUGAGAUUGUAUCUCGCUAUUCUCAUAGGAACAGAUAUCAUCAUGGCAGUUCGACUGUGCACGGUAUUAUGCGGAUGUUUCCUAGCGCGCAGGCUGGCCUUGUGUCGGUUGUGUGCAUGCAGUAUGGUUACUACACACCACUAUAUCUUGGAGAGACUGGCAAGGAGAUCGAUCAGCUGUUUGCUAUGUGGGAAUACAUGGUGUCUGAAGCAUAUAUUCUUCGGGAGUGUUUUCCGAGAUUGAGGAGGUUUGGGGCGAGGUACUUGGAAUUUGAGAUGGCGUUGGGACAGAGGUUUUUCCAGAGGCUGGAACAUGUCGAUGAGAGUGAUAGAGCUGCGAGACAAGUCUGGAUGGAGGAGAGAGCGCAGGUUCUGGUGGAGUGGAUGAAGAGCUGGGUGCAAGGGAAGGGUCUGGUCCCGCCGCCUUGGUUGAAGAUUGAAUUGCCCGAGGUAGACGAGAGACCUGAAGGGUCUGCAAGAUGUGUACGCUUUCAGCAAGAUGCGUUGGACUUGGCGCACCGGUUGUUUGCGAAGGAGAGGUUGGUGACGCAGGAUGAGCUGGAUGAGUCUGGACGGAAGUGGUUGGAGGAAUGGAGUGCGCAGAGGAAGCGGAAGAGGAAGAAGUGGCAGAAGACAUCGGUCGAUAUGUAAAAGGGCUGUCACGUUGGUACACUCAACGUGUGCCGGCAGCUAUGUGGCAUCAUACAGAUUGAUAAAAAACGAAAUCCAACACCAGCGCUAUGCAUAGCUGUAGAAAGGAAAUAUGCUGGCGAUAGCCUCGACAGUAGGGCUUUAAUAGAUGCC